AUGUCACCUCCCUCCUCGCCCACACAUCACAACAUCGUCAUCCUGCAAGGCCAAUACUACAAGCCCUUGGAAUUCGACCUCCCUCCGCCUUUCACGCACACCACGACCGUCUACCCCGAGACCCCGCUGUCCGAACUCCACAGCCGCAUCCACGACGCGACCAUCAUCGUCACCUCCGUCACGCCGCUCGACGCCGUCGCGCUCUCCCCCCAAGUGACCCCGUACCUGCAGUUCAUUGCCGUCGUCGCCGUCGGCACUGACAGCAUCGACCUGGACGCGUGCCGCAAGCGCGGCAUCGUCGUCUCCAACACCCCCAAUGCCAACGUCGAGGCCGUCUCGGAGCAUGCCAUCGCCCUUUAUUUCGCCGCCCGCCGCCGGGUGCUCGAGAUGCACAGUCUCACGCGCGCGGGCGAGUGGGCCAACCGUGGCACGCUGAUGUUUGACAUGCUCGAUCGCGACCGCCAGCCUCCGUUGACGUGUGAGGAUGAGGUCGUGGGGAUUAUCGGGUAUGGCGCUAUAGGAAAGCGGAUCGCAAAGCUCGCGCAGAGCCUCGGUAUGAAAGUCUUGAUCUCCGGACGAAAAGGCGUCACAGACCCCAAUGCAAGUCAUCCAACGCAGUCGGACCAGGUGCAGCGCACCCCGUUCGAUGAGGUCCUGAAGAAGAGCACCGUCCUGUUCAUUGCCGUUCCGCGGACCAAUUCUACCCUGAACAUGAUCUCGACGCCCGAGUUGCAGAGCAUGUCGCACCAGGCCGUGCUCGUCAACGUUUCCCGCGGAGGCAUCGUCGACGAGGCCGCUCUCGUCACUGCGCUUAAGGAGCGCUGGAUCAUGGGCGCGGCGACGGACGUAUUUGCAAAAGAGCCUGCGAGCCCUCAGAACUCCCUCUUACUCGCCGAGGAUACCAAGGAUCUGAAUCUGACUAUGCUAGUUGACAUGAUGUAUAUAUAA